UCACCUAAGGAACUCCAAUGUUAAUUUUUUCAUUUCUCAGCAACUCAACGAACGGCUAGGUACCCGUGUCACUGCACAUAGUACAAGCUUGAAUUCAUUUCAGCUCGUGUAGUUUAGAUUCACACGACGUGACGUAAUAUGGGUCCACUACCUCAGACAUAAUAUCUUUUUGAAAAUAUCAUUGGAAUUUUCCCGCCUUUUCCAGUCUUCCUCUAGGGUUGUUUAUAUAUAUAUUUUGCAGACAUAGGGUUUCCCUUUCAUCAUCACAUUUCAGUAUGAGUAACAAUUGGGACAUAUAUCAGUCCAAUCUUUAUCCCUUCACGGCUGAUGCCGUUGCUUCGUAUGCUGAAUAUCGUGCUGAGUUGGAGCUUGAACGGAAGGAAAAGAUUCGGAAGUUGGAUGGGGAUCCCUUGACUAGACUUAAGAAAUUGUCACCACGAGUUAGGAAGCACGUGGAGGCUUUGAGAAAUCUUCAGGGUCAACCUGGUGCGCUGAAAGCUUUAUUAUCGGAGGAGAAGGCUGUACUUAAAGCUGGUUAUGAGAAGCUGCAUAAAUCGUUGGACACAAAGAGUCAACGUGAUGCGCUGAAAGCUUUAUAUUCGGAGGAGAAAGCUGUACUUGAAGCUAAAUAUGAGAAGCUGCAUGAAUCAUUGUACCCUAAGAGAUAUGAAAUUGUAAAUGGUGUUGUUGAAGUGAAAGGUGUUGAUUUAGCUCCUGUGGAUCACAGUGAUAAUAAGGGGACAGGAGAUGAAAAAGGUGUUCCCAACUUCUGGCUGACUGCAUUGAAGUCCUUCGCAAAAUACGAAGAUGAGAUCUACGUCUCAAAACGAGAUAAAGAAGCUUUAAAAUUCCUUAAGGAUAUCAAGUGGUGCAGGGUUGAUCAUCCAAAGGGUUUUAAGCUGGAUUUCUUCUUUGAUACAAAUCCUUUUUUCAAGAAUUCUGUAUUGACAAAGACCUGUCACAAAAGAAUAAAUAAGGCUAUGCCGAAAAACACAACAGGGACGGAUAUUGAAUGGUUUCCAGGAAAAUGCUUGACAAAGAAGACCGUAAAAUGCAAUCCAGAUAGGAGGUUAAAAAGUGCUAAAACCAUGAUCAGGCCAGUGGAUUGUGAAAGUUUUUUCCAUUUUUUCAAACCGCCACUGGUUGGAGGACCCCAGUAUCAUAUGCAAGAAGAUGAUUAUGAAAUUGGCUCAACAAUUCGGGACAAAAUAAUCCCUGAUGCAGUGUUGUGGUUUACUGGUGAGGCUGAAGAGGAUGACUCUAUAUAUAUGGAAUUUGAUAUGGACGCAUACGAGGAUGCUAUGCGAUGGGAAUGUGGUAUGAUUAGUAGACAUGUAAAGGGGCGUGACUAUAUUGACGAAGACUAUGGUGAUAUGUAUAUGGAAUGUAAUAUUAGUAGACAUGUAAAGGGGCAUGACAAUAUUGAAGAAGACGAUGAUGAUGAUGAUGAUGUUGAUGAUGAUGAUGAAGAAGAUGAUAACGACUGUGACAGUGUGGAUGAUGAAGAAGAUGAAUAUGCCUGUGAUUAUGAUGGGGUAGAAGAAGAAGAAGAGGAGAAGCCUGAAAAGAAGGUUCAGGUGCAGCAUCGGGGUUCAGUGGCGCAAGUAAAUGGUGUGGCAGCAGCCACAGCUACUGGUGGCGCCACCUCCACAGCUGCUCCUGGUGGUGUUCAGAACCAGUUCAAGCCAAUGUCUCUGUACGUAGGCGACUUAGACUUCAAUGUGACUGAUACACAGCUGUACGAGCUGUUUAACCAAGCGGGUCAGGUUGUUUCGGUUAGGCUUUGUAGGGACCUUUGCACUCGGAGAUCCCUUGGUUAUGGCUUCGUCAACUACAGCAACCCUCAGGAUGCUGCAAAGGCAAUGGAGAUGUUGGACUACACACCUGUUAACGGAAAGUCCAUUAGGGUGAAGCACUCUUACAGUGAUCCCACUUUUCCUAAGAGUCGAACAGCAAAUUUAUUUGUCAGGAAUUUGGACAGGUCAAUUGACAGCAAAGCUUUACAUGACACCUUUUCAAGCUUUGGUGACAUUCUUUCUUGCAAGGUAGUUACUGACUCUAAUGGCCAGUCAAAGUGCUAUGGUUUUGUACAAUUUGACAACGAUGAAUCUGCUCAAAGUGCCAUAGAUAAGUUAAAUGGUGCACUCAUCAAUGAUAGGCAAGUGUAUGUUUCACAUGCCCUUCACAAAGAGAAGAGUGGCAGAGCACAAGCUCGGUAAGGUCAAUGGGGUGGUGAACGUCCUCCAGAGUGCAAGCAACAGUAGUUUGUGGUUGCACACUAGGCCAAAAGUUAUGGGGAAGCACCAAUAUAAUCUUGGAGCCCUUGGUUUAUAAAUUUACCUUUGCCUCAUUUUUGUAUGCUCAGUUUUCCUCUCCGUUUAUUCCUUCUCCUAUUAUCCUCUUUAGUCUUUACUUGUUGGCAGUGAUUUUGUAAUCUCAAGGGGGGUUUUGGUUGCCUGUGGUUCGCUUUUUGUUAUCAUGAUAUGUUUGGCCUUCUUCCGCGCCUCUUACUAUUCACCCUCCUUUCUGCUGUCCUAUGUAGUUUGUUUACAGCUAUGAUCUUUAUCGUGAAGGUUAAUAGAUGAUCCAAAUUUUUAGUGUAUAUAUGUACUUGCUGCUGUGUAAAUUUCUAUUUAUAAUCCCAUUUCAGAUA